ACGCUCUCGACCUUCUGUCGCCGUCGACCGCUUCCUUCAGUACUCAAAAGCUGUCCUUGAGUCACGAAGCGCAUUUGAACUCAGAGCUGUGCACUGACUUGGAGCGGAACAGGGCCGAUAGGCACAUUGAAACUCGGGUAGCUAAGUAGGUGCUGGAUCCGCGCCCCAAGCUUUCCAAGUUCAAGGCCCUUUUCUCAUCUCCAUCAACGCAACCCUUCCACACUACCAUCGUUUCGUGAUCCUUCUCUCCACCCCCUCUCUCGAUACCGGUGCUCAUCUAAGUAUCUCAAUCCCCACCCGACUUUCCAAGUGCGCUCGCCGCCUCAUUCUGUACGCCACCCUAUCCGCUACACAGCGUCGUGCAAACCAAAAUAGAGCCAAACCUGUACUCGUCCGCAUAGGUCGCGGCGGUCACCCCACAUCGCACAGGCUUGGUCCGCCCAUUCCACCUUAAAACUGAAUAGUGGCCUAGUCCACUUUUGCCUUUGAACCCGCCGUUAUAUUAUCUGUUUGGCGGGACCUAUAAAGCUCCAGUAAGGGUCUGUGCUUAGACCAUGGCAACCAACCCAACCCAAUCAACCUCCCCCCGCAAGCUCACGCGCUCGCGUUCCGCCAGACAGCUCGGAAAACGACCCGUCUCGACCGCGACGAAGGCGAAGCUUGACGGUGAUAUCUCCUACCCAUGGUAUUUUCAGCAUAAUGUUCAUGUUUCGUGUACAACCCCACCAAAGGAUGUCGCUUCCUCAAAGCCGGGCUUCACUGGCCUCCCCGCCGCCUGGGAAGAAGAGUUGCGCGCCCGCGUAGAGGCAGACAACACUGCGCGUGCAAAGAUCAACGGAAAGAAAUUGCCAAAGCACACAGAAGCGGCUAAGCCGCUCGUGCGCCUCUGGAUUCUUCUCGCGAGCCUCGUUCAUGGAAUGUCCCCCACUGCGCACAAGGAGGGCAAAGAACCCGAAAAGGCGGACGAACAAGGAGACAAGGAGAUCUCAUCCCCAUGGAACUUCAAGCAUCAUUACCAUGGUAGUGUCAGCAUGGCAAGAGAUGGCUUUGACGGUCUCCCGCCCGGCUGGGAUGACGUGGUUACUAAAGGACACCCCCGUUCGCGCCCCAACCCAAAUGUGCCGCUCAGCAUAGCGGAGGUCGAUGAGUUCGGGACUAUCUCCAAAGAAGCAGCAGACGAGACGAAGUCCGAAGACGUGCACGAUGAACUCUCGUGUGUCCGCUCCCUUCGCUACCAGCGACGAGCAAGGUCUAUGGCACCCAUAUCUCCGACAUCACGACGCGGCGAGAGCAGCGGUCGGUCAAUGACCAGGCAUUUUUCCCUGCGGAAACCAAAGUCGCGCAACUUAUCAACAUACAGCAUAUCAUGAGGCAACAACGCCGGCCUUCUCGGCGGCGCAGUGCGUCCUCCGUGGGCAGAAAUCUUACUCUGCUGCUUCAUUGCUCGUGCUACUCAACGCAUUGCUUCCGCAAGUGCUAUCUCAGCUCCGCUAGGACUCACUAGCCCUGGCACUUCCAAUUAACCAGCCCUGGGCCUCGUUACCCCAACCACUCCGUUCCUUUCCUUUCGCAGCUUUCUUGUGUCUUAGUUGAAUUGUUUUACCGUUGAAGCCGGUUCCUGGUGCACCGGACCACGAAGUACUAUCUUUCAUAUCUUUGAAUCUCCUCACUCAAACUGAAUUGCUGUAUUAUACUCUUGCACCUCGCUUCUCCGCUCUGCUAUUGCCAAGCCCUCGAUACGGGCAUCCGCUUCGCUUGUUACAGCUUACUACAACCCGCUCCUUCCAUUUCAGAUUACAAUAAUCGAUAAUGUACUAC